AUGACCCGGGGCUGCCGGCGCGUUCGGUCCCAUUCAUGCUGCAGAGCGCCUAGCGGGCCAGGCUCCACUAUGACCGGGCUGCUUCUGCCGCCGCUGCUGAUGCUGCUUGCCGCCCUGAUCCCAGGGUCGCGAGCAUCGGGGACGCCAUCCUUUCGCUGCUACCAGUGCCGAGUGGCCAACAACGAGGACUGCCACGAUGGCUACCUCAAGACUUGCCCCACGGACCAGGCAUACGAUGUCUGCAUGACCAUGGUCGUCAAGAACGCCCAGCAGGGUUUUUUCAUCGAGAAGAAAUGCGCCCUGGGCCCAUGCAACCUGCGCGACGAGAAGCAGAGCCAGGGCUUGGGCCUGGACACUUGCGACCGCUCCAAGGACUCGUACAGCUGUUUUGAGUGCUGCAAAGGCGACGGCUGCAACACAAAUGCUGCCCGUCGCCGAUCGCCGCUGCUCUCGAUGCCGCCACUGCUGCUGCUGACCGCUGUGCUGGCCGGCCGGAGGGCGUGAGCUCGCAGCGCCACUGCCCAGCCUCGCCCCGGCCUCUCCCGCGCCUACCCCACCGCUCGCGUCUGCCACUGCCUUGGCCGCCGAAGAAGGCCGAUGGGCGGGCGACGGGCCUUCUGCGCACCGCCGCGCGACGUCCUGAACGGUACAAAUCACGCCGGGAGCUCUCCCCUCGCCUCCUCCGCAACCCAACACCGCAAAACCACGAGAAUCCCAGGGCGCGAGGCCGGCGGAUGGGGCCGCGGCCUGCAGCCACAGGCAUCUUCCGUGAACAUCCGUGCCGUGAUCACACCCGACGGCUUUUACACGUACACACGCGCACACACACGCGCACCACCGACACAAACAAAAGACUUCCCCCCGCGCUUGACUUUUACCUACUUGGCUGACGUCAAAUACCCACGACGUGGCCUCGAUGAAACGUGGCGCAGCGUAGUGCGACCGCAAAGGAUGAACGAAAACAAAGGCUGAUUUCAUUAGUUCGCUCUCCGGCUCAGAUGGUUCUUGCUGGUUCAGACGCGUCCUUAGUAGGUUACGCUUGGAUGCCGAUGCUGUAUGUCGCACCCCGACAUGAAAGGACGACCAAGCUUUUCUCGGCUUUCGAAAGUACUCGGGGAAGCACAACCUCUCGAGUUGUCUCUUCGGCCAACGUGUCUCCUUUCCACGUCGCGCUACACUGUGGCCGAGGCUGUGGUUUCCGUGGUCUCCAUUCCAGCUAAAGCUGAAAUAGUAGAAUGCCGAGUAUUCGAGCGCGCUUGUACGUUGAUUUAACAAUAGGUUUACCCGAAAAGAUGUGCCCGACCCCUCAAAAUUGUACGGGGACCUCUGAUUUCGUGAGUCGCUGACAUUGUGAAAUGGGUCCUUAAGGAUCCUUGCUGCUUAUCUUUUUUUUUUCUCUCUAACGUGAAUGCUGGCGCGCAAUUAUUUCCAAGUCACCAAAUUUAUUUAUUUAUUUAUUUAUUUAUUUAUUUAUUUAUUUAUUUAUUUAUUUAUUUAUUUAUUUAUUUAUUUAUUUAUUUAUUUGUUUGUUUGUUUAUCACAGUACCCUCAGCGCCAAUAGUGCAUUGCAGAUGGGGGUUACAUAUUAUAUCAUUUCGUGUCAAUAGCAUAUAAAUGAACCAAAACAACAUUGCGAGGAUAAUUAACAAAAAAUAAGAGCCAGAAAAAUUCCAUUCGUCACCCGAACAAGGCUUCUGUGAGAUCUAAUCAAUAUUUCAGGACAUUUCACUUCGGUACGAGCCACACAACCAAUACGACGGUAAAAUUUGGGCUUCUCGGAUUCUCUCUUAUAAGCCAAGAAUCACUUCACGGAAUAAACGGACCUGAUAAUAAGUCGCAUGCGCGCCCAUCUACAGAAAGAUCGAAGGACAUCAGUUCGGAAGGGACACCACGCGUGACGCAUGUGAAAAAAUUUCAACGACGCAAACCGCGCUGUCUCUAAAGGUAUGUACUACACUUGAAAUACGCUACGCAAAGUGGAACAGUUAGCAGGUUCUAUUAGCAUGCUUUUUCUUCAACGAGCCCCCCCCCCCCCCUCUUUCUUUUUUCUUUUGAGGAACCGAUACUUUCUUCUAAGCGCACGGAUAUAACUUUGUGUCACGCGCACGGAAGCCUCCUAUAAGAUAGCAUCGAUAGCAAAUCUUUCCCCUUUAACGGCUACUAUCGCAUUUCUCAUCGCGCCUCUUUUGCUCGUCACCUCUAAAAAAGAAAAAAGAACAGUUACGCUACUUGCAAACUGUCGUUGUGGCUUUUGCACUUAACCAGCAUCUAUGUUGGUGACUCGCCAGCUGUCACAGUGCUAGCAGAAAAAGCGCGACUUGUCCCCUGCGCCCAGCAACCAGCUAUUUAUUUCUCACGUCGUUGCGGCGAAUGGCAACGUGAGUCUUCGCGUUUGCUUGAAAACGUCAACAUGUUCGAUGUGCACGGUGUUCAUAUUCCGCCUGACGUAUAGAAUUUAUACAUGUGCGAACAUAUAUACAAAUAUCUUACACAACGCGUUACUCGUCGAGCGCAGGCGUAAUGCGCUUCGGGCGUCCUCCGAAAAUAUGCACGGCCUGUAGUGUAUACUUAACCGAGGUCUACCGGGGUGGUCACCUGGGGUCAGCAUUAGCUAUACGUUGCAGCCGGCAUCGAGUAAUUUCGAGCGCAUCAAUAGCGCAACUUUGUUCUCUUUCCACUGGGCAAAAGAAGAUGCAUUGCCUUUACGGCAUAAGAGUGGCCGCCACUCUGCUAGUCCCUGCAUAACGGAUCCUCUUUUCCUCGUGCAUAAUAUAUAGGCCAACAGUAACAUCCGUGCCGUCUGUUCCUCUGCGUCUGUGAUCACUCAAACACGAGAAGCAGACGACGAGCUUCGCUACACGCAUUCGUGGCCGCGCGCCUCGCUUUAUAGCAGGAGCUUUUUAUGAUGAUUUCGCAGCCGUUUCGGUGUUGUCUAGUGAGCGUCUCUACCCCGCCGCUGCUAAGUCCUUCGGUGCUCGCCGGCGAUCACGUGUUGUGCGAAGGAGCGCGCAUGGGCCCCUCUCACCAUUCAACGGUUGUGCUGCAACACCGUCUGGCAUGCCGCCUACUCCCCAUUACCAAGCCGGCUUCCCUUAGAACUCCCGCCUCGCUAUCCAGCGAACGUGCACAGCGGCGCUCGUCCGGUACGGUUGGAAUCCCGGCCAGCCAAGGGUCGAGAGCGCCGCAUUGCCGGGUUCCCUCUUCAGCCCUCACAAGGUCCUGCGCGCGCGAGGCAUACUUUCCUGCGGGUGCCUGCCUCAGCGUCUGCUUGCACGAACAGCACACAUCGAGUGUUGCCAUCCACUGGGGAAGCCACAACAGUAAAGCGUGACGGAUACCCGUCAUUGAGCAUAGCCCACUAAAGCUACAGGCUGGUUCACUAUUUCGAAAACAUGGGAGAAAACUAGGCAAGUUUUCGUUCGGAGAAAAUGCUGACCGAUUGACAAAUUGAUACUCGUCUACAUGGGGGCGGGUAACUAAUUGAUAAUGACUGUAAUAAUCAAUGAACUGCUGUUUUUUUUUUCUUUAAAUAAGGGCUCUCCUAGUCGGGUUUCGAAGCAACAAAAUGGCAAAGCUUCGCAAUUUGAGAUAUUCUUUUGCAUCGGACUCGCAAGCCACAUCCAUUACAUGCUCACACUUGUGUUAACGCAGAAAUGCGUAUUCGAUGGCAAUGUCCAGGUCUUGUUCGUGCAACCAGUCAUCAAUUCCCAAGUAUACAUUAACUGUGUACAGACAUCAAGCUUUAAAGCGCUUGCAUCACAAAGUGAAGUAGUAACUUUGCUCAUUAUUGAUACUCACCACUUGGCGGUCAAGCGUAAGUGUUAUUCUAUAAUUCAUUGCGUUUGUUCUCUUGUUCUACUGGCAAAAUAACUUUUUUUUUUCCACCACUGACAUAGGACGUAUAUCAAUGAAAUUCACUCUAUUCGAUGGCAAGAGACCAAACUGCUUCAUGUUACUGCUUCUCUGCAUUAAUUGAGUUCCAGUUGUUUGUUUGUCUCUUUUACUGCGCCGCUGCAUAUUGAUGUGCUGAGCUGCGCAGAGGGGCGCCAAAACUGCAGCGCAUUGUCUACCGAUUGUUCAGGUGCAGCUUGGUGUCCGUGUAAAACGGGUUUGUGGCAAAGAACGAGCAGUCUAGAGGCUAAAGUUCAAUCUAGUUUUUAAUGUUUCUUUUUCUAUGUUGAGACGGUGUAAAUCGAGUCACUGUAUGAGACCGGUAGCCGCAGACGGCUUCAGUUCAGACUAAACAGCCACAAGUUACUUUCCGCCGUCUACCGUUCUCAUUACCACUAAAAAAUUCUGUACACGACUUCAUUGUGUUUCUCGUGUUCACAACGCUGUGUAAUGGCGUCGACUGAACAAUGUCCACUGUUAGUUCACACCUAAGAGAGAUCUCAUCUGUACAAUGUUCGCUGUAAAUAGCCCCUUCGUUCUUGUGUUAUUUCUUUUCUGUACGCUGUGGGAGCUCUGUAUGUAUGCGCUGGUGCAGCUAUCGAAUAAUCGCCUGUAUGUCGCGUCGUAGCUGUCCAGUCUCGUAAACUUCCGGUGCAGUUCGUGCGUAUGUAUCUUUCACAAUCUCUCUCUCCUUUUUGGCAUGGCCAACUACUACUCUGCAAGCACAAAGAAAUGUGAAUAUGCACGUGUGGCUUCGAGUUCGGACCUCCGUGUGUACUAUACGCCUGUUGUUCUCCCGGCAUUUCGUGGUGCGUAUAUAAUGUCUGUUGUUCCCCACAGACGCUUGAAAAUAUAGCGCCCGUUCAGCUCUAAAGAAAGCGAAAAAGAAAGAAAGAAAAACUGCUUGAGCGCGCUUGUUUGAAAGCGUUUUCUUCUUAUAUGAAAGUUCUGGGCUUACGCAGAAUACCAGUGGCCACAUGUGCCACUCUCGGUUUAUGAGCCCUGUUUCGCCCAUUGGCAAGGCAGUGUGGGAUAUAUGGCGUCCGUCAGAUCCUUUUCUCACGUAAAAGACGCCUGUCGGCUAACGUCUGGCUUGGAAAGAACAAGGGCGAAACAGGCGUCGCUGCGCUGAACGCGACACGAGAAGGCAGCGCGCCCGCAACAACAUUAAUGUUCAUAUUUAGAGCUGAUCUCGGGUCUCCAAUUUUUGGGCGUUCCCGUUCCUAUUGCCCUUCACUUUUCUCAGCUCUUUCGUCAUAUCUUCGCAUACUCUAACAGUGCAUGCUACAGCUCAAGCGCAUGGGUGAGAUCGGUGAAUGAAAGGAAUGCCGACAGCUGUAAGGUCUAAUUCUUUCAUACAGGCGUGCAAACUUGUGAGCUUGUGUAAAACGACGAGACCGCGGACGAAUAGCCGUCGUCAGAUAAAUGAUUCAAUGAACUGUUUUCUUUAGAUAUUGCAAAAAGUUGGGUGUUUAAUGAACCGUGAUACAAGGUGCUUUCCUUCUAGUAUUCCUUCUGAGAGCACAAACACGGGCUUCACUCAGAUCCUCAAAAUGUUUCCAUGUCCCCUCUUGCCGAUCUGUCCAAGUACUCGCUUUUUGUGGAGUCGAAUUUGCGUCCGAUUCCUUCCGUGCAUCAGCGGCGGAAACAAAAUCUAUCUGUAUGAGCAUUCGACGACGACAUAUGAUUCAUGCUUAACGCCAUAUAUUUCACAUAAUUCUACUUAUUCCAUUCUUGAACAUCGGUUGACGCUGCCUCACAAGUGUUAAAGCAACGUCUUUGCCUUUGCCCUCUCGUUUAGGGUGCAGUCGUUAUGUUGAAGCUCUGCGAACACUGGUCUCGCAAUCGGGCCAGUUUUCACUUAGCGCCAUGCGAUCUGGGCUAGUUUAGUGAAGUCAGUGUGGACACGCUGGAAAAGCCGAGCCGAGCGCACUUGGAAUAUGUCAUGAUGACCUUUGACACAAAUACUGAUCUCGUUAUUUCAGUAACGCGAUCCUCAAGGCCUUGUUUGUUUAGGUUUGUUGUUCCGCACUCGACGUUUCACAGCGAAAACGCAUACUGCAGCUGCGCAAGCGCCGUAAAAACUCAGAACAUUAUCUCUCUCUUGCAAGCUGCUCCAAUGAACAGUUCGUUCUGCGCUCUCUUUCAAUGAGCCUGUUAAGCGAACGCAGCAGUACACUUCUUGAAACAAAACGACUCUGUAUUGAGAAUCUUCAACGUGUUUUCUUGAAAUUCAAGCGUGAACAAGUGCAUGAUUUCUGUCAUGUUUGUGGAACUAGGCUGCGCUUUCAAAAUUCAGAUCAUUUGACUGACGUGAAAUUACGUAAUGGCCGUUGCGGGCGCCGAACAGAGUUUGAGUUGUUAGAACCAAUACCAAGGCGGCUAAUAUUGUAGUGCAUUCAGGGUUUGCGUACUCAACGGAAGCUACGAUCACAUGCGAAGAGCGCUGAGACGCACUUUACGCGCACGCCCUAUUACCUGUGGCGUGCGCGCGCUAAGCUCGAAGCUGCAAAUGAUUUGUGUGUAUGUGGAUAUAGACCGCUAUUUCGCUAUAGGUAGGUAAUUAUACCAAGAACGCGAUGUAACCUGGUGAUGCUAGACAAAAGCUUGUACAUUAUUCUAUACGUUCCAUACGUUCUUCAGCCAUUGUGUAUUAAAAGAUAAGCUCAUCGCGUUGGCACACAAAGCACGGCGACAUCCAUCGCAAGUGAACGCCAUGAGAGGAGUCUGAUCGUUCACUGUCUGCACCCAUGCCCAUGUGCUGCGCAUGCGAAGUAAAGGAAAAGCGCGGCGUUCUUAAACUAUAUAAGGCUCGAUUUAUUCCGAGCUUUGUACUACCAUGUAGCUACAACUGAUACUGGCCUGCUGUGUUUAAUAAAGUUUUUUUCCCAAA